GUCUGUUCCAUGCCUCUGUAGGCGCUCGGCUCCCUGCUUUUCCUCUCCCGACUUUUCCUCCCUUGACGCCGACUUCUUUUUCUUUUUCUCCUUUUUCUCCUUCAUCGACUUUUCUUCAUUCCACUUUGAUACCCCGUUUCCCAUCUUUUCGCCGUUUCCACACAGCAAACACAAUGUCUGACGAAAUUGUUCACCCCACCAUCCAAGAUGGAUGGUACCGCGAAAUCUCCGACAUGUGGCCCGGCCAGGCCAUGACCCUCAAGGUCGAGAAGGUUCUGCACCACGAGAAGAGCUUGUACCAGGACGUGCUCAUCUUCAAGUCCACCGACUACGGCAAUGUCCUCGUCCUCGACAACGUCGUCCAGGCUACUGAGCGCGACGAGUUCUCCUACCAGGAGAUGAUCACCCACCUCGCCAUGAACUCCCACCCCAACCCCAAGAAGGUGCUCGUCAUUGGCGGUGGUGAUGGUGGUGUCCUCCGUGAGGUCGUCAAGCACGACUGCGUCGAGGAGGCCAUCCUCUGCGACAUUGACGAGGCUGUCAUCCGCCUGUCCAAGCAGUACCUCCCCGGCAUGGCCGUUGGCUUUGAGCACCCCAAGUCCAAGACCCACGUUGGCGACGGCUUCAAGUUCCUCGACGACUAUAAGAACACCUUUGACGUCAUCAUCACCGACUCUUCUGACCCCGAGGGCCCCGCCGAGAGCCUCUUCCAGAAGCCCUACUUCCAGCUCCUGCACGAUGCUCUCCGUGACGGAGGUGUCAUCACUACCCAAGCCGAGAGCCCCUGGCUCCACCUCCCUCUCAUCGCCCGUCUCAAGAAGGACUGCGGUGAGGUCUUCCCCGUCGCCGAGUACGCCUACACCACCAUCCCCACCUACCCCUCUGGCCAGAUUGGCUUCAUGGUCUGCUGCAAGGACGCAACCCGCGACGUCAAGGUUCCUCUGCGCAGCUGGACCAAGGAGGAGGAGGAUGAGAAGCUGCGCUACUACAACUCCGAGAUCCACAAGGCCAGCUUUGUCCUGCCCAACUUUGCCAAGAAGGCUCUGCAGUAAGGGAUGGUAAAAGACACUUGUGUUGAUUUUUAUUGAAUGGGAGCGUUUGGAUCAAACGAAAGAAAAAAGGGAAAAUUAAGAGAGGGGACGCGGGUUCUCCUUUACUGAUGGGCAAUGGCUUUAUGAAAGAAAAUGUCUUAGACUGAUAGCUGUCCUGGAAAGGAUUGAGCGCUACAUGGGAA